UCAAAUAAAGAGAAUCUUAGGGAAAAAAAAAAAACCAAAAACAACAACUUGGGGCUCUGGACCUAGACAGACCUAGUCUGAAUCCCCCACCUGCACUCAGGCUGCACAGUCCCUGCUUUGAGCUGUGCCCUCAGCCUCUCCCUUGCCCCCCACCACAAUGUGGGCAGCUCUGUCCAUCCCACCAUGCCCAAUCAGGCCUCAUCUUGAAUAAUCCUCUAACCUACCCCUUAUCAGGCAUGGCAGGUAGGAGCUGCUUGGAAGAGCUGUAAACACUGUGUAUCACUCCCUGCUCUGAGAAGGUCAGGGUGUUUAAUAGUUUUUAAAUUACUAUAAUUUUAAUUAAAGGAAACUUCCUGGAAAACUGACAAAAUCUGAAAAAGAAUAUAACCCUUAGGGGGCACUGAUUACUCUUCUUCAGGAAGUGGGUGUGCGGGGAGGUUUCCCCUUGGCUAGCUCAGUUCUCUCCCACAAACCCUCCAGGAGAAACCCUGUCUAAAUACCCCUUUAUUUGAGUUCUUGACGUGGAUAUCCCUUGUCCUAGAAUUUGGGCCAUUAACCAGCUAUUUGCAGGCUCCAGCAGGCAUCGGAAUUACCAGAGGCAAAUGUAAAAAUUCAGAUUCCUGGGCCCACCAGAGAGCGUUUGAUUCACCAGGUCUCCGGUGAAAAUGAGGGCGGGUGCCGGGGGUACCGGGUUGGGGAGGGAGAGGACAUAGGCUGUGCAAAUCCUUGUCCAGUGAUUAUGAUGGAGCUUGCGGGACACUUGUCGUUCCGCGUCUGACCACGAGGCGGCGCCGCGGACCGAGCUAAGUGGUUCCCUUUGAGGUCUUUUUCCUCCGGACAGGCUGGUGUCCUUAGGACUUGCUGGUCAGACAACAGGCCAAGGGUGAGCCGUGUUCCGGUGGGCAACUUCUGUAGGGAAGGAAGCCUGACGUCAGAAAAGAGGCUCGCAGCUGGCAGUGGACACCAGCCUGCGCCAGGCAUUCCACCUUGGUUUCUGCGCACUUGGACUCCAGAACUCAGAGUCCAGGGUCCAGCCUGGAAUGCGAAUCAGCUUGUUCUGCUCUGGGGUGCGCGGUUUACCCAGCCCUGAGCAAAGAGAGCAUCCGUCGUUCAGAUGGGAAAGGAGAGACCCAAACAGGGGCAAGGGCUUAGUGGCAGCUGCUCUGGCUCCCAGCCCUCCUGGGGCUCUUUGUCCUGCUAGGACUUGGGGCAGAGGGUGGACCCCAGGAAGUUUAGCUGUGAGUCAGUUCUGAGUGCCCAGGGAAUGGGACCGGGGCUGCUGGCCAGGGAUAGAUGCUGGCUGGUACCCCGCUUCCACAAAUGUGGGUGGCCUUGGUGAUUCAGUUUCCCUGUGCCUGCCUAGGAGGGCCGGCCCUGGGCUGGGAGAGGGAGGAAGUGCUGGGAAUAGGGAGGGGCUAUGGAGGGGCCUUAAGGGGCCCGGUGGUCCAACUCUUUUGGAUGUUGAGGUCCCACGGAAUAACUGUGGCCAGAGAUCGAGUGGUUCCGAGACUAGUCCUGGGAUGAAGGUCCCUGGGUGGGGGUCCUUGAAGAUGCAGUCCCUUGUGAGGCUGGGGGUUUUAUCGGGCUCCCUCAAAAAGGCACCUCACUGUUCCCGCCCUGCGUUGGUCUCUAUCGGGGGCUUGCCUUGGCGCUGGGUGUGGAGGGUUCUGAUCCCUCGCUGGUAGGGGAGAGGGGGACAGGCAACCUGGCCACUCCAGCUGGGGGACUCUGCUGUCGGAGGGACUACGAGGAGGAUGGAGGAGGGGCUGUGAGCGGGCGGCUUGGGGGAGGAGCGAGAUAUCGCUCCUGGCUCCGGGGGCGGGGCCUCGCCAGGGGCGGUGCUGGGGGCUCCGCUCAACUUUCCGGGUGGGGCGCAGGCGGUGGCAGUGGAGGCGGGGCUUAAGAGCGCGGGGCCUCGCCCGCCGGGCUGGCGGGGCUGAAGCCUGGCGGGAGCUGCAGCGGGAGCCGCAUCGCGGGCCGCCGGGAGCCCGGGCCGCCGGGAGCCGGAGCCGCCAGGAGCCGGAGCUGGCGCGCAGGCCCUGCCGGAGCCUAGCCGAGCCGAGCCGAGCGAGCUCGUCUCCUGGCACCGGCCUGAGCGCGGGCCGGUGUGUCAGCUAGCCGCUGGGCCUGGUCGCACUGUCGGAGGAAGCGAGCCGCGACCACCGGGCAGCACCGGGAGCCGGUGCCCGGAUCGCCCCUCCCGGGCCGGGGCCCGGCCUGAACAAGCCGUAGGUCGCGGAGUCUAGACCGAAGAGAAAAAGGAACGAGGACUAUAUUAUCUAAUCGUGGAGUGGGCUUAAAAGCGCGAAGAGUGGGGACUUCACCUGGGAUUGGGCAGAGGUUCCUGCAGCGUACUAGGCGAGCUUGAGCACCGGAGAGCCUGGCAUGCCAGCCGCUCGGCCUGGGUUUGGCCGUGCUGCAGCCAGGAGCACAGCAUAGUUCCCAGACCUUAGCUGGCACAGGCCUGGGACAAGAAGCAGUGUCCUCACCUGUCUAAGACUGGGCCCAGGAUCUGAGGAACUGGAUCCGGCCUGGCCCAGAGUGGGACUCUCUGGUGGCCUACAGCUGGUCACUGGAGAGCUGUUCUCCUGCCCCAUACCCACUGGUACGGAUGUGUCGCAGCCUGCCGGAGCACCAUGAUGGCAGGAUGACCUCAGCGGAGGCAGUGGCAGCAACUAGUGGUGCACGGGUGGCUGGGUCCCCCGAGUGGCCCCCCGACACCCCGCAGGCCCUUGGGCAGCCUGGCCGGGCCCGGGUGGCAGUGGCAGCACUGGUGUGGCUGCUGGCAGGAGCCAGCAUGUCAGGCCUCAACAAGUGGAUCUUCACUGUGCACGGCUUCGGUCGGCCCCUGCUGCUGUCUGCGCUGCACAUGCUGGCAGCAGCACUAGUGUGCCGCUGGGGGGCACAGCGUCCCAUGCCCCGCCGCACCCGCCGUCAAGUGCUGCUGCUCAGCCUCACCUUUGGUACCUCGAUGGCCUGUGGCAACGUGGGCCUGAGCUCUGUGCCCCUGGACCUGGCACAGCUGGCCACCACCACCACACCGCUGAUCACGCUGGCCCUGUCCGCGCUGCUGCUGGGCCGGCGCCACCACCCGCUGCAAUUUGCUGCCAUGGGCCCCCUCUGCCUGGGGGCCGCCUGCAGCCUGGCUGGUGAGCUCCGGACCCCACCCGCGGGCUGUGGCUUCCUGCUGGCUGCUACCUGCCUCCGGGGCCUCAAGUCCAUCCAGCAGAGUGAGUGCCUGGGCCACCGGCUGAGAAGGUGCCCUGUUACAGGAGGAGAGGCUGGACGCGGUGACCCUGCUGUAUGCCACCUCGGUGCCCAGCUUCUGCCUGCUGGCGGGUGCGGCCCUGGUGUUGGAGGCCGGUGUGGCCCUGCCACCUGCUCCCACCAGCUCCCACCUCUGGGCCUGCAUCCUGCUCAGCUGUGUGCUGUCUGUGCUCUACAACUUGGCCAGCUUCUCCCUGCUGGCUCUCACCUCCGCCCUCACCGUCCACGUCCUGGGCAACCUCACUGUCGUGGGCAAUCUCGUCCUGUCCCGACUCCUGUUUGGCAGCCGCCUCAGCGCCCUCAGCUACAUGGGCAUUGCACUCACCCUUUCAGGAAUGUUCCUUUACCACAACUGCGAGUUCGUGGCCUCCUGGGCUACCCGCCGGGCCUUCUGGCAGAGGGACCGGACUGGCAAAGGUCUUUGAGACCAAGGGACCAGCUGGGCUCCCUGGGACAGCCCCAGCCUGAAUCCAACCUUGGCCAAUGGCCAUGGGAAAAGCAGAGAGCAGGCAGCCACUGGGGCCUUGGGAGAGAGGUGGUGGGGGAGCCUUCUGGAAGGACCAUCUUGGAGGCUGGAAUGGGGAUUCCCAGAGAGAAGCCACCUCCUGUCCCUUGCCUGCCUCUCAUCACGGACCUCACUCACCACUGGAUGGUGGGUCCAGACCUGGCACAGUCACUGUGCUUGAGGGACUGAUUAUCACGAUGAGCACCAACUACUACUCCAAAAAUUGCUGGCCAAACUUUGAAAACCUCACCAUGUUCUGAUGACGAUGAUGACGAUUCUUGGCGAUUGCACAAUCCUUCCUCCAGGAAGUGGGGGAGGCAGCUAGGGGGCCCAGGGAAGGGCUUCUUUGUUGCUGGGAUCCCCUGGGGAUUGGGGUCAUCAAUGCCAACUCCAGGCAGCUGCUGUAGCCUCACCCCUCGGCCUCCCAAUUUUGGGUCUUCCAUCCUCAAAUAAACUAUUUUUGCUUGUA